AUGUCUCUGAAAACACAACAGACAGCUGUUCAAGUCCGAAACGGAGCAUCAGCUAGAGCGCAGCAGCAAUAUGAGACUGAGAUAAUAAUUCUCAAUCAGUGUAGAAAGGUAAAUCGCCGUUUUUUACGUAAAAAUCUUAACUUCGUUAGUUAAAUGGUCAGAUUUUCAUCCAAAGGGACUACUCGAAAGGCCUUGAUGUUCAGUUCGAGGCAGAAUACCCUGCAAGACUCACUGAAAAGGUAAAUUGUUUACUUUGUAGUCAAAAUCACUGAUAUGCACUGUUUUCAGGUCUCUCGUGACGUCUGGGAAAACACAAUUGUUCGGAUUAAUAGAAUAUUUGCAGAUGCUGAAGCGGUAUAGUCAUCUUCCACUUUAAAAAUGGCUCAUUCAUCAUUUCAGAUCACGGCACCGACAGUCUUCGAAACAUUGCUAGGAUGUUUCACAUGCUACGCCUCCUACGGAAUUUCCAAGUCGACAUAUAGAAAAAAGUUGGACGAGUUGCAAGAGUUUCUUGACCGCGAAAAUCGAGAGAUAUAUCAUCAUGUCGGCUUCCACAUCAGGAAUCCGAUGGAGCGAGGCCUGAGAGUGGUAAGCCAUAGAAUUCAGUCUGAAAAGUUGUAAAAAUCUUGAUUACAGCUUGAAAUCUCGCUUCUAACGCGCCACGGAGAGUCUCCAAGGGACGAUGCCGACGAAGUGAACGUCCAAGGAGCUGCCGGAGCGAUCCGGACCAUUUAA